UUAAGUUCGUGACCCAUCUUCUGUCAUUUUGCGCGAGUGCAUCGCCGAGAAAAAUUUCUCGCGGUUGUUUUCCCGAACGCGAUUCCUUUGUUUCUUGCUCGCUCCCACGGGCUUUUGGCCGGCCGAUUCCUCGUUUUUGUUUUGGUUACCUUGUUUCGUCAGCAAUCAAUUUUCUGGUGCGCGAAAGGAAAGAAGGAAGGGAAGGAAAAUACGCGCGCCAGCAGCUAAAUAACGGACGAAAAAUACGGACGACAGUGUGAAGGCAAAGAGCGCCAAAGAAGUCCGCCUAAAUUUUCCCGCAAAAAAAUCUGCUUUCGGGGACACGGGUCAGCGCCAAACAGUCAUCAACCUGAUAAGAGACGAACGUAUAGGAUCAAAAAGGUGUGGAUUAUGUGCUGGAAUUUAAUACGGAUUUCGCGGAAAUGAAUUCGGUUCUGAACUUCUUCGGGCGCCAAUACGGAAAUGGGUUUACAGCUUCGUACGAUCCGGCGAUGAUGCGAUUGGCUGUCCACGAGCAGGACAGUUGGAAGGGUAUCACUCCAUCGCUGUUAACGUCGGACUUUAAUCCGGCUCCGCCGAUUUUGGCGGCAAAGUUUGCCAAAUGCGAGGGACAGGAACAUAUCCUGGCCAUUGCCAAUGAAGAUGGUAAGAUUGCCCUCCAGGAUACGAAUCUGAGGAAUGAGGAACCGGGUGGAGAGCGGGCCCUGGAGGGGAAACAGUGUCAUAUGAAUGCGGUCUUCGAUAUCGAGUGGAUGCCGGGAAAUAUGAGUUUGGUGUCGGCUUCCGGAGAUCACACGGCGCGAUUGUUCACCGUGACGGAAUCGAGUCUGGAAUGCAUGCGGAUAUUCAACGGUCAUUCGAGAUCGGUGAAGACUGCGGCUUUCCGGCGGACGGAUCCGGCUGUGUUUGCCACCGGAGGAAGGGAUGGAGUGAUAGUGCUGUGGGAUUCGAGGGCUUACUUUGGAUCGAACAUGGCACCGAGGGCGGAUAACUGUAUAGUCAGCGGACACGCUGGAGGACCAGGAACGCCUUCUGGGUAUAGGAAGCGAACGAGAGCGACGCCAAAGAUUCCACCGAACGUUUGCAGCAGUAGCAUAACCGGUCUUGCGUUCCAGGACGACAAUACGUUGAUUUCCUGCGGGGCCGGAGAUGGAAUAGUGAAGGUGUGGGAUGUUCGACGACAUUACUCCAGUCAUAACCGUGAUCCGUUACCAAAGUAUAGUUUUCCUUAUGCUGGCACCACGACGUUGAAAGGAUUCACGAAUCUGUUGAUUGACCACACUCGAAUGCGGUUGUAUGUAAAUUGUAUGGACAAUCAUAUCUACUGUUACAAUAUUUCAACUUAUGCGGCUGAGCCGAUCCAAAAGUACAGCGGAUUGAAGAAUGAUACGUUCUACAUCAAGUCAUAUCUGAGUCCGGAUGGACAGUACCUGAUAAGCGGGUCUAGUGACGAAAAGAGUUACAUUUGGAAUGUGGACAACCCUAAACCAUUGGUCCGAUUGUGUGGCCACACAGUGGAAGUCACGAGCGUAGCUUGGAUGCAAACUCACCAGGACAUCCGGAUUGUGACCUGCAGCGACGACGCUAGACACAAAAUUUGGAGGGUUAGCCCAGAGGAGAUCGAUGAGGACACCAAAGUGCAAUACAGAGGACAUUCUGAGUAUUGUGAUAGCUAUAGGCAGGAAUUAGCUAAGGUUCGUCUGAAAUCGCUGGAGUUUACUCCUCGUUCCAUACGAAGGCUCGUGGAAGAGAACGAAAAGACCCCGAACACCAUCGAAAAGAAACCAACGGCCAAGAGGACGUUUUCGGAGAUGAACGGACACAGUUCGGAAGAUCCUUCAACGUCCUACGUGGAAAUCAAACGUCCCAACAUCGAAACACGCGGCCGACGUCUGUUCAGCCCUGCCAAUCAAAACUCAAGGUCAUCGGGAAUUGCUGCCCUCGAAAUCGCCUCCUCAUCAGCUUCUUCACGUAGUUUGACUACGGUCCUCGAAGAAAGCGAAGAGCCAUCGCCAACGCACUGCAAGUCUCCCCUCGCCAUGUCGGAUCUCAAUCUCAAAUCUCCGGAACCGGACGAACCCAGCACCAGCAAACUCCCCAACGGCCUAUCCUCACCCACCAUCAACCUUCCGAACUUCGUCCUCGAUGGAGACGCCCCACAUUUGGUCAACGUGAACAAGCGCAAACUAAAAGAGAACGUGGACUGGCUUACGAAAAUCCGCAAGCAAAAACUACUCCAAGCCUCGAAAACCUUCGAUUCUACCUCCUCCAGCAACAAUGGCCUAGGACUGUCAGCAAACCAUUCGGAAGACGUGUCCCUGCUGCUCUCGCCACGAUUGCAGCUCCUGAAAACCUCCGAAGAUCAACACCACCCGCUUUCCUCCAGUCCAAGCACUCCCCGGCGGAGAAUGUCCCGGUGUGGUUCCGUUGAUGGACAGCCCCGAACGCCCAGCAGUCGAGCGCCGAGCAGGCCAAGCACUCCGGAGACCUCUAUUUUAAGAUUUUUUACCGUUAAGACCCCGACUAGUUCCGCCGGAAGCGGAGCCAGUGGGAGCAAUGCGUGAAUUUCGAUCCCCAUUUCCUCUAGUUAACAAGUGUUCUGUAUGAUUUGACCAUUAAUAUGCACUGGGAUUUGCUUUUCUUUUUUUAUGUUUUAAUUUUCAAAUUACACAAAAAUCUACACAUUUGACGAAUGAAUCAUUGUUCCUCUUCGAUUGCUUUUUAGUGUCUGAAGGUUUUCUAUUACUUUCUAGUAUUUCCUCACUUAGUUAGAAAACACGCCUCAAGAUUGUUACUAACCUGCCUCAACUGCCUAAUUAUACUUACCGUAACACAACGUAUUCUUAUAGUUUUUCUAAAUGAGAUAUAACGACUGAGAAGCGUAUUAGACAAUAGGUACGUGAAUUUGUGAAACAGAUUUCUAACGCCAAUUUUAUGCCAUUGUUUAGAGCAUACUUCCUAUUAGGGUUAAAGAUGGUAAUGCCUGUAAAUAUUUUAUUAGAUGUAUUUUUACCAAAAAAGAGAGGUCGGAAAGAGAAAUAUAAUUGGAGCUUGAACUUGUAA